GAUCAACUACUUGGUACGCUUUCAUUUUUCUGCCCAUGUGCUAUUUUAGAUACCUCGUUCUGUCGUUCUUGUUUUUUAAAUCAAAAUCAAAAUGUAAUUUGAUAAAACUCGUGGAUUCAAAGUAACGUUGUAAUUAGUGAUGAAAAGAACGAUCAAAGCAAAUCAUCAAUGCUAUUGUAUCUAUUAUUGAAAGUGUAGAUCAUAGAUUCCAAAAAAUGACCAAAAAAAAGUCCAUCCUUGACGUUUUUACUCAAAUUUCUUCCGAACAUGAGGCUUCUAGACCAGAUUUAUGUCUUCGUUUAUGGAAUCAUCUGAAUAAACCGUUUGAUAAAAUUUCUAAUGAGAUUUUAGACGAAGAAAAUGAUGAAGAAACAGAAUCAAAGAAAGCUCCCAAAGAAGUUACUUAUACACUUGGAAGAUUAGUUCAAGGCUUGGGUUCACCUCGAGCUCAUAUCAGGAAAUGUUAUUUUUCUACUCUUGUGUCAAUUCUUUCCAAUUGUGGUCGAAGUUUUGGUCCUGUAACAUUGAUUUACUUCAAGUCAAUUAUUGAUAAACAUUUGAGCAAAUUUGAAUCUAAAGGGGAGAAAGGAGAAAUUUUAACCGGAAGAAUUUUAGCGUAUGGAGUAGCAUUCAGAUCUAAAAUCUUUUUAAAUUCAAGUGUAGAUGUGCAACAAGAUGUCAUCAUUGAUAUGUUGACCAAAUGUAAAGAACGCUCGUAUUUACCAUUGUUGGCGUACACAUUUUUAGUAGAUUUUUUGCAUACGAUCGAUGAAAGUACAUUUAAAACUGUGAUAUGGCCUGUGUUAGUAACUGAAAUAUUAGUAAAUUGGCAAUCACAAACGUUCGAAACACUUUAUUGCUUGCUCGAAGUGCAUAACAAGUAUCCUCAUUUGUUCAAAAAGAAAAUGAUUUUGUCUGCUGUGCAUUCGCAUACAAUAUUACAUGAAGAAACUAUUGGAAAUGUCGUCAAUAUGUUAAUUAACGUGAAUUGGGAGCCACGCUUGAAACAUCCGUUGUAUAAAACGAUCUGUGUGACAUUGGCGCAAGAGGAUAAUUCCGAAUUGUUGACGUUAUUUUGGACUGAAGUUGAAAACAUUCUGUACAAUUCUCCUACCAGAAUACAGCAGUUGGCCGUUUUGAAUAUAUUUUCUCUUCUGAUGCAACAUUUACAUUUGGAGAAAAUUAUGAACCUAUUGACCCAGAACUUUGUGAAUUACUUGAUAAAUUCGUGCAAGCUCACUGUUGCUAAAACUGAUAAAUUAACUUCGAGCGUUAAAACCGCUUUACAACUUGUCAUUUCCCGAGCUACCGAAAAAUCGGAGGAAUCUGUAUCUGCGCUUAUAUACCAGCUUUUAAGUAAACUUUUAUUCGAGUCUGGUCAUCUAUUAGUUGAUAAAGUCACCGGAUUGAAAAUUGUUUUCCCUUGUAUUGCUAAAUUGAAUGCUGAAGAAGUGAAACUGAUGGCUGCGAAUUGUGAAAACGUUAUCUUACUAAGUAAGAAAAGUACUGUUCGAUGGACUUUCAAAGAUAGAUGUUAUGCCACCCAACUUCUAGCUAGAUUGAUCAGUCAUCCUCAAAGUCAAGAUAUGAAUUGGAAAAUUAAACAUCUAAAAUUCAUGCUGAAGAACUCGCUAUUCACUAGUGGCUCGGAAGAUGGUGGUCACGUCAGUAAUGAAUUAGCUGGCGUGUUGAAAAAUUCAUUUUUUACGGCUUUGGGUCACCAAUUAUCUCAUUUGGAAAAUCAUCGUAUGAUGUUGAUUUCUCUUGUGUAUUAUAUCGAUAAUAUGCUUGUAAAUGGUAAAAGCGAAUUAAGAGCACCUCUAUCUGAUGAAGUUUUAGAGUGUUGGAAAAAAACCAUGAGUAAAAUUCAGAGAAUUGAUCUGAAAAUCAAUGAAACUGCGGAGAGAAAAACCGUCAUGUAUGUGUUUCAUACGUUAUUUCUGCAGAUGGCUUUACAUCUAUUUGUAGAUGCUGAAGUAGCUCGUGAUAUAUUGAAGGAGUUGAAUAAAUGUUAUAAGAAGGAGAAAAGACAAUUCGAUGGGGUGCAAUGUGAAGAAAAACGCCAAAAAAACCACUCAGAAGAUCCCGAACCAAAAUGGAUCGAUAUUGCUGUUGAAUUAUUUUUAUCGCUGUUAUCUCGAGAUACCUUUUUGCUUCGGCAAUUGAUAUCGAGAAUAUUUCCUCAUUUCUGUCCAUAUUUAACAGCCCAAGCUUCGUCUCAAAUUUUGGAGGUAUUGAAUCCUGCGUCGAAAAAUAUUUUAACCGAUGGGCUCGAAGAAUCUGAUGCCGAUGGAAGUGACGUGAAUGAUGAAGAAGAUAAUGACAACGAUAUGGAAGUUGAUGAUUAUGACGAAAGUGAUUCAAACAUAGAAGAAGACGAAGAUUUUGAAGAGAAUGCCAUUGAUAAAACAAGACGUGCUGUUAGAGAUGCUUUAGGUAUCGCUGGUAGCGUGACGGAUACGGAAUCAGUUGAUCUAGAUGAUAUGGACGAGGAAGAAGGAAAAAGAUUGGAUUUGGCAUUAUCUGAAGCAUUCAAAUCAACCCAUCAAAAGUCGCAAAAUAAAAAUAAAAAACAAUCAGCCAGUGAUAAAGCACUGACAAAUUUCAGAAUUAGGGUAAUGGAUCUUGUUGAUAUUUAUCUUGAUAAUGAUCCUCCUUUGGCUUUAGUUUUGGAUACAAUUCCAAUACUUUUCUCGUUACUUGAAUUUUGUAUUAAGGAUUCUCACCAAAAACCUUUAGAAACACGGAUCAGAUCUACUCUCAAGAAAAUUGGUAAUUUAAAAAAAUGCGCGAAUGUUGAUGAAGUUGGAGUGAAGAAUGUCGUUGACGUUUUAAGAAAUUUAAUAAAUAAAGGAGAUCGAAGCGCUCCUGUAUUUUUAGAUUUAUCUCUCAACAUGAGCGAAUGUUCUGCAUUUUUAUUGAGAAUGGGAAUUCAGAUUUCCAGUGACAAAAAAGGAAAGAAAAUUGGGAAUGCAUUAUGCGAUGUUUUUGUCGGAGCUCUUACAGACUUUUUUUCGAAAAGAGAUUGUCUUCUACCUUUAAAUUUGUUUGAGAAUAUAUUAUUAAAAAUAAGUUGGAUAGGAAAUAUAAAACUGUGUGAACGUAUCGUAUCGAAUGCUUUCGAUUCUUCUGUUAGAGGAUUCCGCAGAAAUCAAGCCUUAACUUUGCUGUUCUGUUUUUAUAAAAAUACCCGUCUAAUAUCGACGUUGAAAGAAACUGAAAAUAGAGAAUACGCCAGUUUAGAAGAAAAUAUUAUAAAUCACACCAUAAAUUUGUUAAAUUCCCUAAAGAAAGAAGAUUCGCAUAAAUCGAAACCUACUUUUGUAUCUGAAUUGUUUUCACUCUUAUAUGCCAUCAGAAGCAGUAAGUUUUGCGUAGAAGUUCAAAAAUGGGGAAACUUGGCGCAUUUAUUGCAAUCAUUUUUGAACAAUGGUUCCCUUGGAUUCAAUGUUCCCCGCAAGUAUAUUACUAAACUUUGCUCAUUGCUGAAAAUUCAAAUUUCACCCAAACUCAUCGAUUCUCGUAAACGGAAACGAGAAGAGGAAAAUACUGAACGAAGUAAAACAAUUGUGAAGAAUGGAUACAUCAAUGAUUCUGAUAAUGAAAUCGAUGGAAGUACUCAAGAAGUAAAAAAUGAAAAUACGGUCAACAAAACAGUAAUUAAAAAAAAGAAGAGUAAAAGAAAAACAAAGGAACAUUUCUAUUCAAAAAAGUUGAGGAACGAAACUUUAGCGAAUGAUGUUGAAGUUUUUAAUUUUAGUAAAGCCGGUAUCUUGGAAACCUGAUAAUAUCUUGACUUUAAAAUAAAUUUUUAUAUCAGUUA